UGGAUCUGGUGCGAGUGGUCAUGCGGUGGUACAGUGCUGAGUGCUUGAAAAUUGUGUCUGUAGAUUUGAACAGUAGAUUAACAUGAGAAAUAGACAGCUGCCCUACACUACGCAUAUUACUAACUGAGUGAUAUAUACGAUUAAAAGAGUACUUCAUAUUUACAUUACGCUGAAUCGAACAUCGCCGUCUGUAAAAGCAGUGUCCUUGACUUCGAAUAAAAAUAAUUAUCCUGUUUAACCGUUAAGAAACAUAUUUAUUGGUCAUCGAAUACUGGUGUUACAAAGUGCGAUAGGACGAAGAGUGCAAAGUGGUAUUGUGGUGUCUAUGUGUCAGAAACUGGAAGAUGUCAGCAGAGCAGUAUGCUAGAACAUAUGGCACUCACUCUUUAACUCCAGCUUGUUUGGGGGUCAAAUGCAGAUUAACAAAGAUUCUUUCCUCUGGUGCAAUGCUUUCUUGUGUUACAUACACAGCCAUCAUCUCUGAAACUUAGAUAGGGAAAAAAAACCAUGCCAGCUACCAAUGAUAUGGAGCCUGCAGCGGACUGUCGCAGUGUGACAGACAGUGUCGGAAGUCAUAGUGACCUGUCUGUGCACACUGCAUCGACAGCACAGACACAGUUGCAGCGUCCACGUAUGGAUGUUGUUUGUGUAAUUGACCUGCAUCAACCAGACUAUCUGGCUCAUAGAAAGAGAGCUCUAGAAGAAGUCCGCCAAGCGUGUGCUCUAGUUAAUGCAGCUAUGAACCAUAUACAGUUUGAAAAACUGGAUUUUGGUGAAACAAAUGUGUUGGAUACAUUUUAUAAUGCUGAUGUGGCAGUCGUGGAUCUGUCAGUACAGAUUCAGCAGAGUUCUCUCUUCUAUCAUUUGGGAGUCCGUGAAAGCUUUGGGAUGAAGGAGAAUAUAUUACUAUAUAAUGACUUCGAUACAGAGGCAACUUUAAGACUGAAGAUAUCAUGUGGCAGCUAUACCUUUGUGUCGUAUCGACUUCUUGACUGUGGGACGUGCGUUACAACAAAUCCUGCAGCUGCAAGACUUACAGGAGAAGAAGGCUCUCUGGAUCCUAAACAACAUUUAACAAUCAAACUGAAAAAGUUACUCCAAGAUGUAGAAAUUCAGUCAAAAGCACACAUGAAGGAGAAGUUUUUAGCUGACUUGCGUAAAGCGAGAGAAACAUAUACGGGAGAGGAAUUAGCAAGAGUGCUUCAUAAUAUGAGGAAAAGACUUGAUGAUCCCAAUGUGCUCUCUGGUGAAGUGCUGCUGAAUGUGUUAAUAUCAUUUAGAGAAAUUCAAGAUUAUGAUGCCAUGGUGCAACUUGUUGACGACUUGCGAACUGUACCAAAUAAGAGGAAUUAUAUAACUACUUCAGCAAUAGGAUACCUCUAUGCAUUUGCACUGAACAGGCGCAAUAAAGAAGGCGACAGAGAACGAGCUCUCAGAGUGAUUGAGAAAGCUUUGGAGAAGAAGGAAAAUCAUGUACCUGAUAUAGUUUGUCUUUGUGGUAGGAUAUACAAAGACAAGUUUGUUGAAUCUCAGCAUCAAGAUAAAGAUAGUUUAAUGAAUGCUAUUCAUUGGUAUAGAAAAGGAUUUGAAGUGCAGCCGAAUGAAUAUGCUGGCAUUAAUUUAGCAACAUUGCUUGUUAUAGCUGGUAAUGAGUUUUCAAAAUCAGAAGAGCUGCAGCAUAUAGGUAUGGUCCUCAACAAUUUAAUUGGUAAAAAGGGUAGCCUGUCAUCAUUACAAGACUACUGGGAUGUUGCCACUUUCUUCGAAAUUAGUGUUUUAGCAGAAGAUUACUCAAAAGCUAUCCAAGCAGCAGAAUGCAUGUUCAAGUUAAAGCCACCAAACUGGCACGUUAAAUCUACGAUAGGAAACAUCUCUCUCAUAGACAGGUUUAGAAAGAAAAAUGAAGAUGCAGAAAUUUCUCCUGAGGAACAAGUAUUUGGAUUUUGGAUGGAAUACUUCGUGGAAUCAACAAAAACCGAAGUGGGAGAUAGCAUAAGAUUUCCUAUGCUUGUUUUGGAGCCAGAUAAGGUAUUCAUGCCAAGUUAUGUAACUGUGAAUCUUGGAGCAGAAGAAAAGUCAAUUGAGAUAUGGAACAUGUGUCUGGAUAGCAUGAAGGGAAAAUGUCGAAAGGUGCACAAAUGGCUUUUUGCAGCUAGUCAGAUUAGAAGUGUUAGUUUAUACAAGAGAGAUGAGCGCUGCCUGUUCCUGUAUGUACACCAAAACUCUGAUGACUUUCAAAUGUACUUUCCAUCAGUCCAGUGUCGUCAAAGGUUUUUUGAUUUGGUGAAAGAGAUGACAGGGGACCAAGAAGGAAUGGUUAUGGACCUGGAUGCUCAGCAGGCAGAGGAUCAGAUAAAAUAUGAAUAUGAGCAAGAUGAACAAGGAAAAAGAAUUGUGUUAGGAAAGGGCACUUUUGGAGUUGUGUUUGCUGCCAGAGAUCUAAUAACCCAAGUAAGGAUAGCAGUGAAAGAAAUUCCAGAGAAAAAUAAAGGAGAUGUUCAGCCAUUGCAUGAAGAAAUAAAGCUACACUCUCAGUUGAGACACAGAAACAUUGUGCAGUAUUUGGGUUCAGUGUCAGAAGAUGGUUACUUCAAGAUUUUCAUGGAGCAAGUACCAGGGGGAAGCCUGUCUGCCUUGCUGAGCUCCAAGUGGGGACCACUGAAAGAAAAUGAAUCUACUAUUGUUUAUUACACAAAACAAAUCUUAGAAGGCCUUAAGUACCUCCAUGAUCAGAAAAUUGUUCAUAGGGAUAUAAAAGGCGACAAUGUCUUAGUGAACACAUAUAGUGGUGUUGUGAAAAUAUCCGAUUUUGGAACCUCAAAACGUCUUGCUGGAUUGGCAUCUAGUACAGAAACAUUUGCAGGAACUCUGCAGUAUAUGGCACCUGAAGUUAUUGAUAAGGGGCAGAGGGGAUAUGGUGCUCCUGCAGACAUAUGGUCACUGGGGUGCACCAUAGUGGAAAUGGCAACUGGAAAGCCACCAUUCAUUGAACUUGGUUCUCCACAGGCAGCCGUAUUUAAGGUAGGCUAUUACAAGAUUCAUCCUGAAAUCCCUCCUGAAUUAUCAGAAAAGGCAAAGAAUUUUAUUUUAUGUUGUUUUGAACCUGAUCCUGAGAAAAGAGCUACAGCAGCAGAUUUGCUGGAACAUCCCUUCCUCACAGAUAAAAAGAAGAGCUCUCGACUUAGUACUCCUCAAGAGUUCAGUCGGAGCAUUUCAGUACCAGCAGACAGAGUAACAGUUAAAAUUGAUAAAGGUGCAAGUAGUCACAACAGCACUCAUGGUCAGACAUCACCUGAGGACGGUGGCUUCAAUACUAAGUCGAACCCUGUGAAAUCAAGGGGACCUUCACUGCUCUCCCCAAUCAGCAUGCCUGCAGCUCUGUCUUUCUCCAGUCUCAGUACACCCACAUAUGAGACAGAUCAAGAGAGUGGUGUAAAUAUGACACGACGAAGUUCAUCAGGUGGCUUACUUUCCCCAGAAGUUGACAUACCUACACCUAAAGGAGGUGGAGUUUUGGGAUUGGGAGAGGCCUCAGAACAAGAUGGAUUUUAUUUGUUGAAGAAAGAUUCCCAGAGACGCAUGACUCUGUCAAGAGUUAUCAGCCAAGAUGAGCAAAAGAUCUGUGAGGUGUGGAUGCAGAACAUACAAAGGGAGCUGUUAGCAACAGUUCUUUCCACAACACAUCUGGUGGCAAUGAUUCGCAGCCUGAGAAACUAUAUAUCAGAUCAAAACAAAGAAUCACUUGAAAACGCAAUACAUACAUUGAAAGAAGAGCUGGAUUUUGAUGCAGAUGCUAUUAACCAGCUGCAUUUCUCAUUGUACCUCAUCCAAGAUGCUGUGAAUGUGGUGUUAAGACUUCAUAGUAUCAAGCCUCACUGGAUGUUUGCCUUAGACAAUCUUGUUCGUAAUGCUGUUCAAGCAGCUAUAACAGUAAUGUCACCAGAGCUGGGUGCCAACUUGGCAGGUCAGGAUAAUCGUGAACAAAGUGUACCUGAUGGACCUGAUGGAAGCUCCACAUCUGGCAUGUCAACUGUCAACUCUGUGAAAUCACAGAAAACUGUCGACAGCCUCUCCAAUUCAGCCAAGUUCCGUCUGGAGUACCGAGAGCAGCUUGGUGUCCUGCGCUCAGAAAACUUGAGAUUACUGCAAGAAUUAGUGGACAGCCAGAAAUCCUACCAGACACUGUUGCGGCAGGCCUUAGAAGAUCAUCGUUUGCAGUUGGCAUUACUCUCUCAGACUGUGCAGCAGCUGAACCUUGUGUCAUCAUGCACUUGCCAAUCACAUGCUGAUACAGGUUAUGGAUCACAUAGAUCAGUGAGCUCAAAUGAUGCUGCAAGCUCCCCUGCAGGUCUGCUUCCACAGAUCAGUGUGACCGAUAGCUCAGCUGACUCACGAUUGAUUGAAUGGUUGCAGAACUUGAAACUAGACCAGUCCACUAUUGACAGGUUCCUGUUUGAAGAAUACUGUUUAGAUGAUGUUUUACUGUACAUCACACGUGCAGAUCUUCGCAAAUUGUGCUUAAGAGGUGGUGUCGAGUUGAGAGUAUGGAAAGCAAUUCUCAAAUGGAGGCGUGAGCACCGAGCUAACUUAAGUGCUGAGCGAUCUGACAGUGCAACCAGAACCCACCGCUCGACAAGUAAGAUAGAUGGUGGCGAUUCAAACCCUUUUGACAGGACUUGUAGUGAAAGCACAGAUACCACAGACUGAUUUUUGUUUCCAUAUAUUCUGUACUAAUAGACACCUAAUCUAUAGCUGCACUUAAGGCACUGGAAUCGUACCUGUUAAUUUCUGUAAAUGUAGUGGCUUUGAUGUAAAAUGACACAUUGUGCAGGAUUUUUCACUUCCCAUGGAAGUUGGAGUAUGAAGAUUUACAUUUUAACUGGCAAAAAUGCUUCCACAUUGUGAUAUUCAUCUGUUGACACGUUGUACCUUAAUCUGUGAUACCAUACAGUAUCGUUGCCUUGCAGUUUCUAUCAACAUAUUGGAAAAAGAAGUGUGUGUGUGUGUGUGUGUGUGUGUGUGUGUGGGUGCGCGCGUAUGUUGUUAUGGGAAGUAUGAGUAAAGAGAUUUAUCUCACGUUAUGACAUCACAUUGUAUUACUUUGUCAUUUUUAAAAUUAGUUAUUUAUUUUCUGUUGUGUUGUGUGCAGCGGAAUACUUUUCUUUCCAUUGCAAAGAUAAUAUUUGCAUCAUAGAUCUGAUACUUUUAUGAUACAUGAAAGUCACUCUCCCUAUUUAUCUAUCUUUCAUUCUUUCACCUCUGCCUGUCCCCCCCUCUCAGCUGAUGUGUUUGUUGUGCAUGAGAGGGAGGGGGGGGGGGGGGGGGAGAGAGAGAGAGAGAGAGAGAGAGAGAGAGAGAGAGAGAGAGAGAGAGAGAGAGUAGGAGGGGAGGGAAUUAGAAUCAUGUCUAGAGCUAAAUUUAAAGUUUAAAGCUUUUAUUUGGGAUGUCAGUGACUUUCUCUGCAGAUACACUUUGUUGCAAUUCUGUAAAUUAAAUUUUUGCUAAAAGCAUUCUUCUGAAACAUUUGUUUCUGAAACAUUUGUGUGAACGCUUAGUACUGGAGCAAGCAUGAAUUAUAAAUGCAGCCAGUAAAACUUAAGGAUGGAUUCUAUUUAUUAUUAUGUAUAUAUAUACACAUAAUGUUUAGAUAAAACUGAAAUGUGAUGUGUUCAAAAAGAGACACAUAAGCAGCUGUAGCAAAGCUACAAUGGUUCUAUACUAGUUAGGACUAAAAUUUGAUAAUCAUUUCAUGGUUACACAUGACUGUUUCUGUGCAAAGCUGUUCACUUGGAAUGGUGUUAAUUUGACUUUCCUUUCCUUUUUGUUGAUUUAUAUUUUUGCAUGUAACUCUUUAUUGUUAUAGGAAUAAGACAAUAACUGUAUGUGUUGAUCUUCUUAUGACAUCAUCCAUUUUUGUUACCAGUGGAAAUGUAGUGUCUCCAAGAGACCAACAAAAUAUGUGUGACAUCUUUUAGUAUAAUCUCUAUGCCUUCAGUUAAAUGAAGUGUGAAUAUUUUGUACCAUUGCGCUGGAAAUCUGUUAGAGAUCUUUUGUCUGCAACAAAAAAGUCUCACUUGUGUUAUUAGUAAGCAUACCAGAAGCAGAAACAAGAGAGUACGUGUCUGUGGAAGGGUGUUUAGAAAGUGAUGCUAUUUUUUGUAGUCUCUACAUGACAAUAUGGCUGAGCAUUUAGAGGAAGUUCCUCACAGAAACUGGUGCUAUCUGUGUAUUACUGUAUACAAGACUUGUAUGAAUUUCUUCUGUAAAUUUAACUGAUGGUGCGAUGGUCAUUUUAUCAUAUGUGUUCUGGGAUGAGAGUAUUAAAACCAUAAUUUCAUAGGUGUUGUGUUGGAGGGUGAAGUUCUCAAAAGUUAAAUAAUAAUGCCAGUAAUUUUGGGAAGGGGAUAGGGGGGGGGGGGGGGGGCAACCAAAGAGAUGAUCCUUUUUCUGGAUACCUUGCAGUGACUUACACUUCAUGGCGAUAAAUACUAUCGUCCAUACUGUGAGGUGUCCAUAUUUCAAUCCUGAAAAAAUUUUAUUCAUUGUUGUCCAUGAUAACACUGUUUAGCAUCAAGGAAGAUGUCUGCUGCUUUUCAGUAAUUCUGUGUAAUUAGACACCAAUUUAUACAAACUUAGCUACAUCUACUCCUGGCAUACACCCUCCAAGCUGCCUGCCCCCUCACAUUUUUUCUAAAAUAAAUCUGCUCUCUUAACUGGCAAAUGAAAAGUGUACACUCUGUAGAUUAAUCAGUUUCUGCAAAAAACAAAAAGAAAAAUCUGUAACUGAAUAUUGACUGUUUCCUUUGCAUUACAUGGUCUUGCACAUUUCAAGUUUUUUUAGGGGAGUUCAAUAAUUCUUUAUUCAGAAACCAAACAUGCUUCCUGCCCUGACACACAGGCUUACCAAUUCAAUGUCAGUUUGAAGAAAGGCAGAAAAUAUAAUGAAUACUGAUCAGCAGCAAGAACACCUAGAACCAUUUGUGUGCAACUUUAUAACUAUUUCACUCAUAGUGAAAGCAACAAGAGUUGCCUCACCCUGUUCCACCCCCCCCCUCCCCCCCUCCCCCCAGCCCAGAUCCCGAGUGCGCUCUUAUCUGUAUGUGUGUAUGUGUUAAAAUGUGUUAAGCACCUUCCAUCUGUGGAGUAAAUAGUUCUUUGUAUUUGUUUACAUUGUGGAUCUUUCAUUAGUGUAAUAAUUAUUUACUGUAGCUACUCAUGAUUUUCAUUUACAUGAGACAAUAAUUUGAAUUUCCUGUUGAGUGAAUCUCCCUGUAAACAAGCUAAUAAUAAUUCGUUUUCAAUAAAAAGUAAAUAAAUGUAUUAUUAGCAACCCAGAAAACUUGGUAAAUGACAAGCACUGAUGUUUAAUUGCUUGUGAUUAUACUAAAGCAUCACAGCAUUUUGGGUAUUUGAUCAUGCUUAUAAAAUAAUCUCAUACUAAUUGUUCUUUUUGACUGUGUCAACAUUUAUGCUCUCUUUCCUUUAUUUUAUUGUUUGUGGAAGACUGUAUGCCACAGAUCUGUAAUGACAACCAUCUAAAGACUGAAGAAAAUAAAACUUCUAUUCACCAAGUGGCAUAGCAUAAUGCAGACUGUUACUUUUUUGUUACUUAUUAACCCUAUCUUGUUUCUGUUUUGAUUCUGAAGUAAUUUUAGAAGCAUUUUUUGUGAUAAACUAGUUAUUACCACAGUGCAUACAGUACAGUCUGCAUUGUCACACAGUAUAACAUGCUUAGCAGCAAGUAAUGCUGCAUGAUUCAUUCAGUUAUAUUUUAAUACUUGUAAUACCACUAUUCUAUAAUUUUUUUUAUCUUAAACACUGUUGUUGUCUACAUAAAAAGAAAAAGUACUUUAUAGAAAUGAGAUCACUGAAAUCUUUUUGAUGUGUGUCAUUGCUAGCAAUGCGAAAUGACUGCAUUGUACUAUGGCUGCAGAGUGGAAAUUGGUUGAGCACUGUUGAAGGCUUGUUGUUUUUGUUAACUUAGAAAACAAGGGGGGGGGAGGGGGGAGAGACAGACGGAUGGACAGACAAAGAGCUAUAUAUUUGAGUGCUGCACUGCCUUGUCUUUUUAAAUACAGAUGCUCACCAUUGGUGAAGAGACAUCCAUCAAAAUUAAUAAGAUAAUCCAGCAGAAAUGCUUUAAUUAGAAAGUGACUUACAUGUUACUUUUUUUUAUGUCAAAGGGCAUUCAUUCAUCUGAUACAGAAAAAUAGUUGAUUCUCAUUUCCCCUACAUCAUCUUUAUAAAUUCUGUUCGGAUUUGAGUUUAAAUAAUCUGUGACUACUGCAUCCUGCUGAUCUUUGUAUAUAGUUUACUUAAAUUACUUUGGUGCAACAAUACCCAAAUGUCAUGUGGGUUUGUCAUUUACAUCUUCCUAUUUCUUAUGAAUUACAAUGAUAUAGUAACUUGUUUUGUAAUUUAGACUGAAAUUGUGAAAUUGUAUGUCUGCUUGAAUUACUUUGGUGCUACAGUGUCGUGCAAGAGCUUGUCAUUUAUAUAAGAGCAUUUUUAUUUGGUGUAUCAGACGACAUAUACACAGUUUCAGGAUUAAAUCUUCUUUCAGUCGUAGGUUUCUUUUCCUCUGUUACAUAGCACAUAUUUUGCCUCUGGUAGUAAUUUGUAUAUGUGGAAAAUGCCUAGUUGGACCAUGACUGUAAGUCUCUCUAUACAGUGAGUCAAUUCAAAGAUCAUAGGAAAGCAAGUGCAUAUCAUUCCCAAUACAAUCAUGUGUAGUAAAGCACUGUGGUGUUCAUACCUAGCUUUGGGAUGAAGACAGCUUUACCUUACAUUUAGUUACCAAUAUAUUUAAUUUAGAAUGUAAAAAUCUGACGAUAAUGGGAAAGCUCCUUUGCUAAAUGCCAAUGUUUCAAUUUUGCCACCUGGUCAAAAAUUUCAUCAUGAACAAAUUAACUUUUCCUGUAUACAAUUUAAUUAUGGGAAUAGCAUCAUUAAUCCUGCCUUCUGCUUAAAUUUCUUAGAUUGACUGAAGUGUAAUCUUUGCUCUAUUAAGGCACAGUAUGAGACUGUAAAUUAUAAUUAGAGACUACAGGGGACGAUCUAAAAUUCUCAUUCAGCACAACUAACAAUUUGCAGAAUGUUCUUUGACACAAGUAUGGUCUCAAUGGUGUUGUGGUUCAGACAUUUCUAAGGUCAUUGGAAUUGUGCUAAAUCUGUAUGUUGACUGUAAUUUUGCAAGAAUCUGCUUUUUCUUUCAAGCAGCUUCUUUAAUGUAAUGGUUGAGGACCUGUCAAAAGAAGGGUGGGUGGGGGGUGGGAGGCAGCUAUCCAAGUCAAGUGUAGUUGGUGCUUAAAGAAACUACUUAUGGUAAAAAAAAAACACUCUAGGACAUUGAUUGUAAGUAAUAGUUUACAUGUUGUUACCUUUUUUGGAAAAUAUUGCUCCUGCUGGUUCUUCAGUACCUCCUCACAUUAAAAAUAACAAGUUUCCUCUGAAGGAAGCAUUGUUCUUUUUUCAUUUAUUGUUUGUAAAUAAAAGAACUAAUUGGUUAAUCAUUGGAUGUAAUUUAAUGUUACUACUCUUGAGAAACAGUGCCCAGGUAUGGUAUUAUGAAUAUCUGAAGAGCCAUUUACAAAUUAGCAUUCCCUAGAAUGUGCAAAUUGCUUACAGUUCUCUUCUGUUACAUAUCUUCAGAGGCCUUAGGUCACUCAAUUCUUAAAAAAAUGCUUGAAACCCUGGUGUUCAUUUGCUUUUUGUGAGUGGAGUCCUGUUGGUUAAUCCCCUUGUCUUCAGCAUUCGUUUCAUAUUCAUGGAUUUGGGACAUAAGUCAACUAUAGUUGUGUUAUUGUCAACAUUAUACCUUUCAGCUUCUGGGAACCAUUAAAUUUAUUACUCACACUUCACAAAGAAGAACUAACAUAGCCAGUGUACGCUCAUAGUCAGACACCGUUUGUUGCAAGACGGAGACACAGCAUAACACUCAUGGGGUAGAGAAAUAAUUGUUGUCUAGAUGAUCUGGCAGUACUUCUGUAAUUCUUUGUAGCUUUCAGCUAAAUUCAGUUUUAAUAUUCUUGACAGUGCAAGAAUCUCUCAUUUCAUUUAUGCUAUAUGAGCAGUGGAACAUAGAUAUUGUCUUUCUUAACACAUGAUGAAAAUAUGUAAUGGUCUCUAUUGUAAGUACUAACAUUAUUCUUUGACCUCACUUCAUUACUGAAUAAAUUUCUUUUACACUGUUUAACUGAUCUGACAUUAACAAUAAAGUAAUGUAGCUUUGAAAUACACUGCUGUUGAAUUAAAAAUUUAAUUGCAAUUGAGCUUAUUUUCAAUAACUGGCAACAAGAAAGUGCCUACAAGUUGCUAAGAAUAAAGUAACCAACUGGUCAAGAUUGUUAAUCUUAUUUUUUUUACUAAAACAAUUUGCUCUCCUGACGGACAAAACUGGUAGGCACCGUUUCUGGAGAUGAACAUGUACAUAUUGACUUUCAAGCUGAUCAAUAUUCAUUUGUGUUUUUAUUGCCUUUAACAAUGACACAUUUUAUCUCAAGAUGGUUACAGCAGCUCCAAUUGCCAAUUACCUAAUUUUAAGAGAUUGAAAACUGACAUGGGUUUUCUAUUAUUGUUAAUGUUUAGAACAUAAUCAGAAUAUUGAAAGUUAAAAAUGUAUUGUCUGUUUCAGUUCAUAAUUUCUUGACAGAUGUUCAUUGUAUAUAAAAAUGUCAAUAUGUUGAAAUAGUGCCUUAACUGAUGAACUUGAAUAUUUGUUACAUGUGCUGUUCAAUAGAAUGUUUUUUUAAAGAUAUUUUUAAUACGUUGUAAUCAUGUUACUUUGCACUGCCACUGAAUUGUUGUCACAAUAAAAUAUAAUUGUUA